AUGCCGACUAUCACCAGGAAGUCGGCGCCAGAGGGAGCACUAUGCACUGGGCUGAUGCAGGCCUUCGUGGCCAGUCUCUCUGCAGGAGCCAUCCUUGGAAUUGCUGCGGCUGCCGGUGCCGCGGCAGUAGGCUUCGAAGCGCUCGGGCCCAUGGUGUCGUUUCCUGCCCUGAUCCUGGGCAUGGCGACCUUUCCUCCACUUGGAGGGCUUCCGCUGAAAUUGGCGAGGUGCAUCCUGCGAGUAGCUAUGCGGGUGGAACCCGAAGACCUUUGGGCCUGGGAGACCCAUCAGCCCGAGAAUCGGCUUCUGAGCUCGCCAACUCGCGCCAACACCACAGAGGACGCUCCAGCUCCUGGACUUGCCGCACUGCUGCCACCGCUCCUGCUCCUUUCUCCGUUCUAUGGAGCAGCCAUUCAAUGGACAACUUCUUGGUACGUCCAAGCUCUUUACUGCAACAGGUCUUUCUUCGGGAUGGAACUACCUGCUUGCCUUCUGCAGGGCUUCGAGAGGCUUUGCUCCCUGGCGGUUCUGACGUGUCUAAUUUCCCGGACGCGCGUGCUGAAGUUGAGGCUGCAAACUCGCCUUGGUCUAGGAUGUGUCUGCGCUGCCCUGGCGAUGUUCGUCGCUGCAGCUGUGGAGGUGGCUCGACGCGACUGGACUCCCCGACUCCCCGGCCAACCAGAGAUCUCCUCUCUGAGCAUCGCUUGGCUGCUCCCGCAGUUUGCCUUGAUCGCCGCCGGCGAGGCCUUCGUCUACCCCGCCACCGCCGAGUUCCUGUCAUCCUCCGCCUUCGCCUACGGGCUGGGCUGUGCUGUUCAGGCCGGAGUUGUGGCGCUGCUGGGGCUGUUGCUGGGCCACCUAAAGGCCUGGAUUCCGGAUGGUUCCCCAAACCAGGGGCACUAUGACUUGUUCUACCUCUGCUUUGGCGUCGGUGGCCUUGCCGCCGCGGUGCUCUUCGUUCUUCUACCGUUUCCCGCAUCGUGCCAGCGCGACUGA